AUGACGUUGAGGAUAAAGCAGCUGGCUCCAGAGCAAUGGUGCAAAGUAGCAAAAACUUUUGGCAUUAUAAAGCUGUUCCAUAUUCAGCCGAUGUUUGGUUGCUUGCAACCUGGGCAGUCUGAAGUGGUAACGUUUACUUUCUACGGCUACCCCCACGUAACAAGCAAUCUGAAAGCCAUUUGCUCAGUGGAGGGUGGCCCUGAUUAUGAGUUGGUGCUCAAAGGAGAAGCAGACGUGGUUGUGUACGAGUUCGAUACAAAACUUCUCAACUAUGGAAUUGUGCAUUACUUUGAAUUGGCUGAGGGUCAGAUUGUUCUCAGAAACAAGAGCAAGUUGACACUGGACUUCAUAGUGCACAAUUGCAUAGAUAAUUUGUAUGCAUGUGUUCUUGAAAGACUUCUUACUACUUUGACUCUAAUUCCUUAUUACUCGAAUUUUUAUGAAGUCUCUUAUGUUGGUCUGGGCUAA